AUGGCUGAUCUCGAUUAUGAGGUCGUGGACUCAGUUCCACCAGAUGAUCAUGUUUGGUCAGAAUGGAAGGAACUGGUCGAAAAAGAAAACUGGUCCUCAGAUGACCAAAGUGUACUCACUCUCACACCCUCAUUACCAACUACGCGAGUUGUAAUGGCAAAGAAGAAGCAAGAUGGAAGUUUCAUUGGUUGUGUCAUUUGGAAUGAGUACGACAAUAUUGCUUUUCUUGGCUUCUAUCUACUGAUACCCGAAGCUCGCGGUAAAGGAAUAGGCUCCCUCAUGUGGAAGCGUGCGCUCGACAGAAUGCCAAAGGAUUACAUACUUGGACUCAGAGCAGUGCCAAGCAUGGCCCUGCGCUACAAAUCCAAGGACACACCGGUGGAUGGACCGCAACAAUACGCAUACACCAUGAGGUGGCAGAUAUUGUAUAGCAUAGCGGAGAAGCACGCGGAAACGGAUCGCCUCGUUAAAUUGGUGCGUGAUCUGACAGAUGAAGAAUACCAUCAACUCGAACAAUUCGAUCGCUCCGUUACAAAACGCGAUCGAACCUAUUUCCUACGUCGCUUUCACGAUCUACCUUUCACAGUAGGAACUGUGCUCUUCGACAAAAAUAAUCAGAUAGUAGCAUGUGCCAGCGUCUGUCCUACAACUCUACCAGCUAACAAACUCUAUAAAAUAGCUCCAAUCUAUGCAUCCAAUGUAGAAGACGCUUUUACCGUUAUACGACCUUUACUUGAUGAGGUGAAAAACUUAGAUAAUGAGGCACGCAUCAUCCUUCACAUUCUCACAGAUACCGCUGGUUUUGAACAUCUAGCUCCAUUACUCAGUCAUCCAGAUAUAACAUCAAAAGUUUGUGAUUAUACUCUAUACAGUAAACCCUAUGAGAAUCCAACUGAUAAGAAGAGAUUGUUCAUCGCUCAUAACAAUUCGGGUCAUUUUGAUGCUUGA